UCAAUAAUGGCUUGUUAAGUGCCCUUUUAUCAUGUUGGUUUCCUAGGUGUCACGUGGAGGCCAAUCAGCUAACCCUGUUGGAACAAGCUUAGUAAUUUUUGGUGGACAACAUGCAAAGGGGACUCUUUUGAAUGAUCUGCAUAUUCUUGACCCUGGAGACCAUGACAUGGGAUGAAAUUGAUGCCAUGGGAAAAAAGGUUGUGAUUCAAAGAUUUGCAUGUUCCAAGGUUAAUGCAUUGGGGUUGGAUAUCAUUUUUUUCCCCAAGAUUUGGAAUCUUGGCUCUCUAGACCCUAAUUUUACAUUGGAUGCUCAUCAGAAAGGAGUGAAUUGUGUUGAUUACUUUACAGGUGGUGACAAACCUUACCUAAUAACUAGAUCUGAUGAUCACACUACAAAGAGGAAAAGAGUUGCUUGUGAAGCAAUUGUUGAAACUGGAUACUAUUGAGGUUGAAGGUGAAGCGAAGUAGUUGCGGAAAAAUUUUGAGGAUUAAGUUACAAGUACAAUUGUUAGCUUUAUAUAUGUUUGGACUAAGUUGGGAUUUUUUGAAUUUACAUUUUAUGGAUUAUGACUAUGUAAAACUUGUGCGAUUGAGUUUAAAUUUUUUG